UUCUUUGUAUUAUAUACAUUACUUAUAUUAUACUUGAUUUUUUAUCAAAUGUCACUUGAACUUAGUUUUCUUCUAGUCAUACAAAUUCAAGAGGAAAUUAAUUAUUUUAUACAAUCAAUUUAUAUAUAAAGACACAUAAUGAUUAUGGAAAAACAACAUAUUUUUUUAAUAUUUCUUUUUUUAUAUGUAUAUCAAUUUAAUGGUAUUCAAACUGAGUCUCUUCCAGUUGUUCUUUGGCAUGGAAUGGGAGACAGUUGUUGUUUUUCAUUUAGUUUGGGAGCAAUAAAAAAAUUAAUAGAAAAUACAAUACCUAACAUUUAUGUACAUUCUAUUCGAUUAGGAAAUAAUGAAGUAGAGGAUGUUGAAAAUAGUUAUUUUGGAAAUAUUAAUGACCAAAUACAAGAAGUUUGUCAUCAAUUGUUAAACGACGAAUAUCUUAAAAAUGGUUAUAAUGCUAUUGGAUUUUCGCAAGGUGCUCAAUUUUUCCGAGCAUUAAUUCAAAGAUGUCCUAAUCCUUCAGUUAAGAAUUUUAUUUCUUUGGGUGGUCAACAUCAAGGUGUUUUUGGAUUGCCAAAUUGUGGAACAUUGAAACCCGAUAUUUGCCAUUAUGUCACUCGUAUCAUCAAAUAUGGAGCUUAUUUACAAUUUAUUCAAAAAAAAUUUAUUCAAGCUACAUAUUGGCAUGAUCCAUAUCAUGAAGAAGAAUAUAAAGAAAAAAGUACAUUUUUGGCAGAUAUUAAUAAUGAACAUUAUAUUAAUAAGACAUACAAAAAAAAUCUUCAAAAAUUACAUACCAUGGUAUUAGUUAAGUUUGAUAAUGAUACUAUUGUUAGACCAGCAGAAACAGAAUUGUUUGGAUUUUAUAAGCCAGGGCAGGAAAGAUUAAUUCAAACAUUAGAACAAAGUGAUUUCUAUCAUAAGGAUCGCUUAGGAUUAAAAAUGUUACAUAAUGCGGGAAGAAUUCAUUUCCUUCAUUUACCUGGAAAUCAUUUACAAUUUACAGAAGAUUGGUUUGUCAAUUAUAUAAUUAAACCAUAUUUAAUAUAAAAAUGAAAAUGUAUAAGAAUAAAAUAUAUAAAAGAUGUAUAUUCUAACAAAUAUGUACUCAAAUAUGAUAUGUUAUAUGAUAUAUUGUAUGUAUUCUUUGUAUCUAUUGUAUUGCUAAUGAAAGUUAAUAAAAAUUUUUUAAGUAAUAA